AAACUCAUUUUUUUUCUCUCUCCAAGAAUCCAUCACUAUUGCGAUUGAUCUUCCUUUUUUCACUUUCUCUUCUUCAUGCAGAGCUAUCUUCACACACCCAUGUUUUUUUUUUUUGAAUUUUCCAGGACCCCAUUAAUUUUGUUCCAUCAAUUUGUACUGUGCACAAUCUUUAUCAAAAUAAGUGUUUUUUCUUCAAUAUUACUGUAUUUAUUAUCCGUUUUUCCUCUUAAGUGUUUCUUUUCAAUUUUCCUAUUCCUGGUUCUGUUGCUUUUCCUUGGUUAUGUAUGUUUGACUGAGAACCUUUUGUUUUUAUUUUGGUUGUUGGAGAAAUAGGAUAUAUCGGACCUCAACUAGUUUGGGAUUGAAGCAUAGUUGUUGACAUAUUAUUGAUUGAUUAUGGUUGUUGUUGAACUUAUUUUAUAUUUCUGUUGAGAAAGAUACCUGAUUUCUUAGGGCCAUGUUGAUUGUUGAGGCAGUUUUAUCAUCUUAUGAGGUUCAUUCUUUCAGAUUUUAAAGUAGCUGAGAGAAAUGAUGUGAUGGAUAAUCUUGUUGUAAGCUGUGGCUAACUAAAGGAAAAAAUAUCUUGCCAUGUUUAUCUGGUGCAAUAACACAUUUGACGGAUCUAAAUAGCUUUCAAAUUGCUUAAUAUUCACUUUAUAGAGUCUAUAUUAUCAUGACUUGUAUUGGACUGGAACAAUAAAGUUACUCACGGCCGGCAGUGCUAUAGUUUCUUUUAAUCAGUUGGAUCUUUUUUACAGUUUUCCUUUGGUGAUGUUAACAAUAUUAUAUUCAGUAGAUACGUGCGUUUUGACUGUACGGACUUUCAUUUUCAUAUUUGAGACUGAGUUUACUGGAUAUUGUUAAAUCUUUUAGUUAAUGUUGCAGCUUUAAUUAAAGAAACAUGUGAAACAAAUUGGAAUUUAUGCUAAAUUGUUGCAUUGGCCGUUCUCUGUGGUUCGAGCACUGUUGUUCCUUUAUCAGUUUUGACAUAGAUUGAUAGAGCAUACCUCUAUGAUAGCAAAGAUCUUGUCCUUGAAAGUCAGACUUUAGGGUGAAUUUUUGGUUUUCUUCCUGUUGGACUUUGAAUAACAAUUUGUCAACUAUGAGCAGAAAUAUGGAUCGAGCAAGGUUAAAUAAAAGAACCCGUUGCUCAGGUUCAACACCGUCAGAGGAGUCAGCCUUAGAUCUUGAAAAAUACUGUUGCAGUUAUUCUAAUCUUCCUUCACUUAGUCCACCAACACUUCAACCUUAUGCAUCGGCUGGACAACACUCUGAGAGUAAUGCUGCAUACUUCUCCUGGCCUAGUCGGCUAAAUGAUGCUGCUGAAGAGAGAGCAAACUAUUUCGCAAAUCUUCAGAAAGGGGUUUUGCCAGAAACUCUUGGCCGAUUGCCCGAGGGGCAGCGAGCAACAACCUUACUUGACCUCAUGACUAUAAGGGCAUCUCAUAGCAAACUCUUGCGUUGCUACAGUCUUGGUACAGCAAUUGGUUUUCGUAUUCGACGUGGUGUUUUGACUGAUAUACCAGCAAUACUAGUGUUUGUAUCCCGGAAAGUUCACAAACAAUGGCUUAGUCCAAUUCAGUGUCUACCUACUGCUUUAGAGGGUCCUGGAGGUGUGUGGUGUGAAGUGGAUGUGGUCGAGUUCUCCUAUUUUGGUGCACCAGAGCCGACACCCAAGGAGCAGUUGUACACAGAGAUAGUCGAUGACCUGCGGGGUAGUGACCCAUAUAUUGGUUCAGGAUCUCAGGUAGCAAGCCAGGAGACAUAUGGAACCUUGGGUGCUAUUGUGAGGAGCCUGUCAGGCAAUCGACAAGUUGGUUUCCUAACAAACCGGCAUGUUGCUGUUGACUUAGAUUACCCAAAUCAAAAAAUGUUUCAUCCUUUACCUCCAACACUUGGACCUGGAGUAUAUCUGGGUUCAGUGGAGAGAGCUACAUCUUUUAUCAGAGACGACCUUUGGUAUGGCAUAUUUGCUGGCAUAAAUCCAGAGACAUUUGUUAGGGCAGAUGGUGCAUUCAUCCCUUUCACAGAUGAUUUUGAUAUGACCUCUGUUACUACUUCUGUUAAGGGCAUAGGGGAAAUUGGAGAUGUCAAAAUUAUAGAUUUGCAAUCUCCUAUUAGUAGUCUCAUUGGAAAGCAAGUGACGAAGGUCGGAAGAAGCUCUGGAUUGACUACGGGGACUGUCUUGGCAUAUGCCCUUGAAUACAAUGAUGAGAAGGGGAUUUGCUUCUUGACUGAUUUUCUUGUCAAUGGAGAAAACCAGCAGACAUUUGACCUUGAAGGAGACAGUGGAAGUUUAAUCGUUUUAAAGGGUGAGAAUGGGGAAAACCCCCGACCAAUUGGUAUUAUUUGGGGCGGAACUGCAAAUAGGGGACGGCUUAAACUAAAGGUGGGACAAUCUCCAGAAAACUGGACUAGUGGAGUUGACCUUGGGCGCCUGCUCAAUUUCCUUGAACUUGAUAUCAUCACCAAAGAUGAAGCUCUAAAAGUUGCAGUGCAAGAACAGAGAGCUGCCUCUGCCACAAUGGUGGGCUCUACGGCUGGGGAUUCUUCACCUCCUGAUAUAAUGCUUCCAAAGGACAAAAUAGAGCCUCUUGGGCUUCACAUUCAACAAAUUCCCUUGGAAGAUGGCAUUGGUGGCCCUGAUAUAAACUCUUCACCUGUGGAAGCUACAUUUAACUUGGAAGAAAGUGGGAUCAACUUUGAUGCAAGUGUUGAACAUCAAUUCAUUCCAAGCUUCAAUGGGCAACCUCCGGCUAAUCAAGAUGAUCAUCGUGAUAAGUCAGCAUACGAGAAUCUCUCAGCUCUUAGGAAAGGCUCUGAUGAAGACAUCAGCUUUUCCUUGCAGUUGGGUGGUCAUGAAUCCAAGAGAAGACGUUCAGAACCUCCACCAAGCGCAGAUGAACCAGAAUGAUUUUCUCCUUUUAUCUGCUGGUACAUUUUACUUUGAGGUCUUCCACGGAAAUGCAUUUGGUGUUUGGUUCUAAAACAAAGAAAGAGGUCCAAUUUGGUUUUUGAGGUGCUAAAUUUUCAUCAUGUGGCCAUUGAUGGCAACCUGUGUAUGAAGAGUUUUUGUAUUUGAACAUGUCAGUAGUGCAAAAUCCAAUUGUAAAAUACAUGCAAGUUAAAAAUGAGGCUGCUUUCUUGAGCUAUUUUGAUUCAUGGCUCCAUGCAGUCUCAAAAUCAUCAACAUGAAAAACUUGCCUUUGAUGUAUAUUUAUGCUGGAUAUCUUAAGAAA